AUGACAUCUAAAUAUCAAUUAUCAAAUGAUUUUUAUGAAAAAUUAUCCAUCAAAUAUGAUUCUGCUGUUAAAGGAGGACAUAUUUUAUUCAAUGGAGAUUCAGCAAUUAAUGAAAUUGAAAAAAUUGUCAUCACUGAUGAAAAUGAUAAAGAAAAUACUACUAUUGAUGUUCAAUUGACAUUAUUAAAAUCAUUAAUUCAUCGUCCAGAAAUUGGUACUACUACCAAGAAUGAAAAUGAUUUGAAUCCAUUUCUUAAACCUGAACCAGAAUUAACUAUUAUUGAUGAUUAUAAUAAUACUAAUGAAUUUAAAAUUGUUUUUAAUAAAUUCCCAGUAGUUCCUCGACAUUUCAUGUUAGUUACUAAAGAAUUUAAAUCACAAAAUACUCCAUUAUCACCAAAUGAAUUAAUGGCUACUUAUCAAAUAUUACAAGCAUUAAAGAAUCAACCUCCAAAUCAAGAUCAAGAUUGGUUUGCAUUUUAUAAUUGUGGACCAGAAAGUGGAGCAUCUCAACCACAUAAACACAUUCAAUUUAUGACCUUACCAUCACGUGAACAAUUCAAACCAUAUGCUGAAACUCUUUUCCAAGAAGAAAAAGAAGAAGAAGAUGAUGAUGGCGACGACCAAGAACAACAACAACAACAACAAGUAAAGAAAUCAGAACCAAAACAAAAUAAACAUUUACCAUUUGCUCAUUUUUUUGUCCCCAUUACUAAUGAAGUAGUUACUGAUGAAAGUGAAGAAGAAUUGGCACAUUUAUUUAGUUCAAUUUUACAGAAAACAUUAACUGAAUUAAGAGAAACUAAUCAAACCCAUAUUUCUUAUAAUUUUAUUAUGACAUUAAAUUAUAUGUUAAUGAUUCCAAGAUCUAAAGGGAAAUAUGAAAAUAAAUUAGGAAUUAAUUCAUGUGGAUUUCAAGGAUUAAUUUUAUGUAAAAAUCAAGAAUUAUUUGAAUUUGUUAAAUCAAUAGGACCAUUAGAAAUUUUAAAACAAGUUGGUUUACCUAAUAGUAGUAAUAAAAGUACUACUGAAUAUGAUUAUUAA